UCAUAUCAUUCGAUCGAACAGAUUAAACAUAUUAAUAAUUAUCGAUGAUGAUGAUGAUGAAGAUCAGUUCUUCAAGAUUUUCGAACUUUUCCCUGAUCAUAUUUCUUGCAGCUGUUCUUUUAAUUUCUUUCCCAAUUUCUGCUGAAUCUCGAAAUGGCGAUCACAAUGAAUUUCUGCAAUGUCUGUCCCUUCGUUUGCAAAAUCAUAGCCAUGGAAUUUCCGAUGUUGUUUACACUCCGAAUGAGUCGUCGUAUUGGUCGAUUCUUCGAAAAUCCAUAAACAACCUAAGGUUCAUGUUGGCUGCUACUGCUCGACCGCAGGUGAUCGUCACGCCGCUGCAAGAAUCUCAGAUUCCUGCCAUUGUCGUUUGCGCGAAACAAAAUGGCAUGCAAAUCCGGACUCGAAGCGGCGGGCAUGACUACGAGGGACUCUCGUAUACCUCCCCAGUGCCGUUUGUUAUCGUCGAUUUGUUCAACCUCAACGACAUAGCUAUUGAUGUCGCACAAAUGACAGCAUGGGUUCAAACCGGUGCGACCAACGGGCAAUUGUAUUAUGCAUUAGGCCAAACAAGUAAUACAAUUGGUUUCCCGGCGGGGUCAUGCCCCACGGUCGGCGUUGGCGGGCUCUUUAGCGGAGGAGGCUAUGGGCCGCUGUUUAGAAAAUACGGUCUUGCCGCUGAUAACAUCGUCGAUGCACACAUGGUUGAUGUAAAUGGGAGGAUUCUCGAUAGAAAAUCCAUGGGCGAAGAUGUUUUUUGGGCCAUACGAGGCGGUGGUGGUGCGAGCUUUGGCAUCAUAACUGCAUGGAAGAUCAAAUUGGUGACGGUACCAGAGACUGUAACAAUAUUUUCUGUUAGCAGGACUUUGCAGCAAAAUGCAACAGAGCUCGUCCACAAAUGGCAAUACGUGGCUCCUUAUAUGCCGAAAGAUAUGUUACUUUCAAUCAAUGUUGGUCCUGUAACUAUCUCGAGCACCGGAGAAAGAACAGUGCAAGCCAACUUUAACUCGAUGUUUUUGGGAAGAAUUGAUGGAUUGCUCGAGUUGUUGCAACAAAGCUUUCCGGAGUUAGGCGUGAGAAGGGAAGAUUGUCUUGAAGUUAGCUAUAUUCAAGCUGUGCUCUUCUUUGGAGGUUACAAUGUUCAACAAUCACCAGAGCUUUUAACCAGCAGAAAUCCUGAAAUUCCAAGCGCAAUUCGAGCCACAAGGUUUAGUUUUAAAUCGAAAACUGAUUAUUUGCUCAAGCCAAUUCCAAAAUAUGGUAUCGAAGGCAUGUGGAAAUUGUUGCUGGAACGUGCACCCGACAUGGCAGAACUUUUGAUGGUUCCAUACGGAGGAAGAAUGAAUGAAAUAUCAGAAUCCGAAAUUCCAUUCCCUCAUCGAGCUGGAACCCUCUACAAAUUCCAACAAAUUGCUCAUUGGACACGCCCUGAACAAUCUAAACCAUCCUUUAGCUGGGUAAGAAACUUUUACAAUUACUUGACUCCUUUUGUUUCGAAAUCUCCUCGUCUGGCAUACCUCAAUUAUCGGGAUCUUGAUUUGGGAGUCAACAAUGGAGACAAAACUAGCUAUAGAGAAGCUAGUCGAUGGGGAUUGAGGUACUACAAAUCAAAUUUUAAAAGAUUGGUUCAAGUAAAGACCAUGAUUGAUCCGACUAACUAUUUUAGAAAUGAGCAAAGUAUUCCUGUCGGACAUGCCCGCAAGAGUUUGUAAGAGUUAUUUCAAUGGAGAUUCUACCAGUACUUGUUGAAGAAAUUUCAUAGCAACUAUGAACAAUUCAUUCAUGUUUUUAUUAAGAUUAUUGUUGUACUGAUAUUUAGAGUUUAGAUUUAUAUUUCUUAAUUGUAUUGUUGUAUGGUUUAUAUGUAGUUGAAUCAUCACAAAGUUAUGAUUAUAAUUGUAAUUGAUAUAAUAUUGUCUUUUUUU